AUGAAGAGUAGCAGCAAGAGAGAUUCAAACCGGCGGGCAUUCAUGGAUCAGGUGCGGGAGUGCCGAGACAAUGGCUAUCUGCUUUCCUCCAAGAAGAUCGGCUCAGGGGCUUUCUCCAAAGUCUACCUGGGCUACGCCACUCAUGAGAGAAUGCGCCAAAACUACAAGUUGUCCUCUGACCUGCGAGCCAAGUGCCACACCAUGGUGGCCAUUAAGAUAAUAUCUACAGCCGAAGCCCCCUUAGAGUACUCCCGGAAGUUCCUUCCCAGAGAGAUCUACUCACUCAAUGCCACCUAUAAGCACCUCAAUGUGAUUCAGCUUUAUGAGACUUACCGGAACAGCCAGCGCUCAUACCUUGUUCUGGAGCUUGCAUCGCGAGGAGACCUGCUGGAGCACAUCAAUGCCACAUCGGAUCGGCGCUGUUGCCCCGGGCUGGAGGAGGAGGAGGCCAGAAGGCUCUUCCGACAGCUUGUCAGUGCUGUGGCCCACUGCCACAAUGUGGGCAUUGUUCAUCGGGAUCUAAAGUGUGAGAACAUCCUGCUGGAUGAUCGAGGGUUUGUGAAGCUUACUGACUUUGGCUUUGCCAAUCGGACUGCAGUGAAGAAUUCUCUGCUGAGCACAUUCUGUGGCUCUGUGGCCUACACAGCCCCUGAGAUCCUCAUGAGCAAGAAGUAUAAUGGUGAACAGGCCGACCUGUGGAGCCUUGGCGUGAUCCUCUACGCCAUGGUGACAGGGAAGCUGCCCUUCAAGGAGAGACAACCCCAUAAAAUGCUGCACCUCAUGCGCCAGAGCCUGGCCUUCCGGCCCAGCCUGUCCCAAGAGUGCCAGGACCUGAUCCAGGGUCUGCUCCAGUUACGGCCGAGAGCCCGGCUGGGCCUGCAGCAGGUGGCUUCCCACUGCUGGAUGCUGCCUGCAUCCCAUGCCCUGUUCCACAAUGUGCUCAGUACGACGCCAGGGGCUGAGGAGAAAGCUCUGAGGGGUGAGCUGGCAUCAGAGGAAUUGGAGGGACCUGAACCACAGGACGAGGAAGCAGGAACACUGACCCCUGCAACCAUAAAGAUGCUUGAGGGGCCCUCUGAGGCGAGCCCUGAGCAGGCCCCAACGAGCGAGCUGUCAGCACCGGCCCUGCUCCGGCCACCCACUUCCCUCCUCCAGCUCCCAUCUCCUCAGCUGGCACAACAUUUGAGUCCAGGUCCGGGUCCUGGACCUUCGUCCCCACCCGCUCGCCCUCCAUCAAUAGGUCGGCCUAGCAUACUGGCCAGCCUGAAGCCUAAUUUCCACAAGACUGGGAACUUGCCAUCAUGGGGAGGAAUGGGGCCCCGGGGCCCUUCAGGGGGCAGCCUAGCCCAGCCCAGCGCUUCCCGGCAGAUUCUGUCCCUCUACUCCAUGUCUGUGAUUCGGAAAGCCCCGCUGCACCGCCUGGUCAACUGA